CGCCACUGUGUGCGCAGCUAUUGCGCAUGCUUGUAAAACAGUCAGGAUGGUGUGUGGCUGGUGGUAUAGAAAUCCUGGACAAAAAUGGAUGCUGCACAAUUCCAACAGUUCAUGCAGAUGAUGCAGAACAUGAUGCAACAAUCGAAGACAAUACCUUCAACUCCUGUUAUCAAUGUGGCCAAUAUUCCGCCUUUUGAAGUGUUCAAUCCAAAACAAGAAGAUUUCCGUCUUUAUAUAGAAAGGUUCGAAAAUUACUUAAAAAUGAAGGAACUGUACGCCGACAAGAAAAAAGCAGCACAAAUGCUCGUUACAUCAAUUGGGAGUUCAAAUUACAAUACGUUAGCCGCUUUAGUCGCUCCACAAAAACCGACAGACAUCGAAUAUGACAAAUUAAUCUCAAUUUUGGGGAAACACCUGUCACCAGAACGCAAUAUGUUAGUUGCCCAACAUUUGUUUCUAUCCGAAGUGCAGUCUAAUAAGCAAUCGAUUACCGAAUAUGUAGCUACACUUCAACAAAACUUAAGCGCAUGUAAAUUUCGAUACAAAUGUACGUGUGAAGUAGAUGUUUCUAUUGCCGAUGUGUUUCUACGCGCUCAGUUUAUUCGUGGACUUAAAGAUAGCUGGAUAACGGAGCAGAUUCUUCAAUCAGACCUUAUAGAUUUCAACCAAAUUGUUCAAAAAGCUAUUGCACUGGAGGCAGCACGUGCCGACAGCAAAACGAUUACCAAAGCCGAUGCAAGCACAAGUUCCAUUCAUUCAACACAAAUCGACAAAGUUUCAACUCAAAGACAUUCCAGGGGAAAAUCAAAUUCAAUGCAGAACCGUUCAAGAAGUAAAUCAAGUUUUCGAAAUCGCAGUGCCAGUUCUAAUCAAAAUCAAGGGACAAAUCGUGAUAAUUUCAAUAGACAAACAAAUAUCGACUAUCGUGAGCUGGGUAUUGACAAUCUAUGUUUCCGAUGUGGGCGUGAUAAUCAUCGUGCAAAUGAAUGCUAUGCAAAUCGUGACAAUUUAAAGUGUAAACAUUGUAAUAAAUCCGGACAUGUCGCAAAAGUUUGUGUGACUACACUCCUUCGAAAUAAAAACAGUUUUAAGUCUGUAAAUACAAACAGUAUUAACCAGGUAACAAGUAGUUAUGAUUCUAAUCAAGUUAUUGACGUUUUCGAUAAUAAAUGUGAGCCUGAUCGUGAUGCGCGAAAGUAUUUUAUUAGUGUUUCGGUAGAAGGACACAAUUUAACUUUUGAGGUAGAUUCGGGUGCGGGAUUUACCUUAAUACCAAAGUAUUUAUUCGAUAAGCUAGGUAUAAACUGUAAACUUGACCAAGCAAAUGUUCUAUUUCGUGCCUACACUCAUCAAAUUUUUCGCCCUUAUGGGAAAAUUACUGUAAACGUUCAAUAUCGUAAUUCCAGAUCAACUGAAGACAUGUAUGUUGUUCCAAAUCACUUAGAUCCACUUUUAGGCAGAGUUUGGAUUCGCCAUCUAAAAAUCAACUUGGAAGAAGUAGAUGCCGACAGUUUCCAUAAUAAUUCGUGUCCUAUUAACAAGAUUACAAAUGUUAAUGAUAUUCGUACACAGUUUUCUAAAAUUUUUGAACAAAGGAUCGGGUUAAUUCCAAAUGUAACAAUUUCAUUAACACUUCGAGAAAAUUCAAAACCAGUUUACGUUCCGGAAAGAAACUUACCGUAUGCUCUUCAAGAAAAAGUCGAACACGAGUUAAAUUUACUCGAAGAACAAGGCAUAAUUUCAAAAUGUCCUAAAAGCGACUGGGGUUCACCUCUAGUUGUUGUUCCUAAACCGGAUGGGAAAGUCAGACUGUGCGUUGACUAUAAAAUCGCUGUGAAUGACUGUUUAGUCAAUGUGAACUAUCCAAUAAAACGCAUUGACACUGUUUUAAAUAGUCUACGGAACUCAAAAUUUUUCUGUAGAUUAGAUUUGUUCAAAGCCUACCUACACUUAAAGGUAGACGAUGCAAGUAGUUCAAUCCAGACAAUUUCGACACACCGGGGAACAUUCAAAAUGAAUCGUUUAAGUUUUGGCAUAAAAACGGCUCCGGCAGAGUUCAACAGGAUAAUCGACCAAAUAUUGCAAGGCCUUCCGAAAACCAUAUCAUAUUUCGAUGAUAUCCUAGUGCACGGAUCAACAUAUGAAGAAUGCGCCGAAAAUUUGUUUCAAUGUCUCCAAAGACUUCAAGAGAAUGAUUUACACCUGAAUGAGAACAAAUGCUCGUUUUUCAAGGACGAAGUUGACUAUUUGGGGUAUGUAGUUCGAUUUAACCAAAUUUCAAAAGAUCCAAAGAAAAUUGAUGCCAUUAAGAACAUGCCAAGGCCCAAAAAUGUAGCCGACGUUAGAACAUUUCUAGGCAUGAUUACGUACUACUCCAGACUACUCCCAGAUUUAUCCACUAUGACAGCACCGCUUCGAAAGCUCCUAACAAAGAAUGCGAAUUUCUAUUGGUCCUCACAAUGUGAAUCUGCCUUUAUAAAACUAAAAGGUGAAAUUACCAGUGACCGCGUUGUCGUUCCAUUCGAGCCAACAUGUCCAGUAAUUCUAUCAACAGACGCUAGCCCCUAUGGUAUCGCUGCAGUACUAUCACAUGUAGAAAACGAUGAUUUGGAAAAGCCAAUUGCAUUUGCGUCGCGUUCAUUGACACAAGCGGAACAAAACUAUUCGCAACUAGAUCGAGAAGCGCUUGCCAUAAUAUUCGGGGUAAGCCAUUUUCAACAAUAUUUAAUCGGAAGAAAUUUCACUCUAAUUACGGAUAACCAACCGUUAGCUCGUAUUUUUCAUCCAAAAGCGAAAACUUCAAAAACAACAUCAGCAAGGCUUAUUCGAUAUGCCUCAUAUUUAUCCAGUUUUGAUUUUAAUAUUCAAGUUAAACGGGGCGUUGAAAACCAAAACGCAGAUUGCCUUUCAAGGGCACCCAUUAAAUCAAAAAAUUCAAUGUCAUUCGACGCAUUGCAAAACGAAGAAAUGCACGAGGUAUAUGAAAUGACAAUUUUUGAUAUUUCAACUGACACCAUAAAUUCUGACCGUAUUAGAGAAGAAACCUGCAAAGAUCGAGAACUACAAGAGAUCAUCGAAGAAUUAAGUUCGACUUCUAAAGACUCUUCAUUCACAAUCGACCAUGGAAUACUAUUUCGAGAUCAACGUGUUGUAAUUCCCAAAUCAAUGCAAAAUGAAAUACUUCAAGAACUACAUGUGACACAUUUAGGUGUUACAAAAAUGAAACAACUGAGUAGAAGAUAUUGUUUCUGGAAAGGAAUCGAUAAAGACAUUGAAAGUUUCGUCAAAGCCUGCCCCGAGUGCAUCAAAAUCAAACAUAGUCCAUCGAAAGUACCGCUACACCAUUGGGAGAUGCCUAACGAAAAUUGGGAUAGAAUACAUAUAGACUAUGCGGGUCCCAUAGGCAAUCAACACUUCUUGGUAGUAGUAGAUGCGAAAUCCAAAUGGGCAGAAGUACGUGUUUUAAAUGACAGUCCUAAUAGUUUAAAUUCAAUUGAGCUAUUAAAUGGUAUAUUCUCAACACAUGGAUAUCCCAAACAAAUCGUCUCUGAUAAUGCAACCAUUUUUACCAGCAAGCAGUUCAGCCAUUAUUGUCGUGAUCACGGGAUAAGACAAAAAUUUAUAGCUCCAGGGCACCCCGCAACAAACGGGUUAGCAGAACGAAAUGUGCAAACGCUAAAAAGACGUCUUGAAUCAAUGAGAAAUGAAAAAUCAUCUAUUUCUGUAAAACUACAAACCAUUUUGCUGCGUUAUAGGGCAACCCCACUUAUAGAUGGGAAAUCACCAGCAGAAAACUAUCUUCAUAGAAGGGUUCGAAUUCGAUUGGAUGCGAUUCGACCAUAUUUCGAGGGUUCCUCCAGUUCAGCGACUCCACCUGUGCGUUCACUUCAGGAGAAGGAGAGAGUGAUUGCAAAAUGCUUCGCAAAUAACAAAAUCAUAUGGAAACCGGGUACAGUGCUCAAGAAAUUCGGGAAAUUGCACUAUUUAGUCGAAUUAGACGAUGGGUAUAAAUUUAAACGUCAUAUUGAUCAGCUACAAAAAAGUGGACUGAAAUCUGUUAAAUUUCAAGAUCCACCAGAGCCCCGUUGUCAGAAACAAGACGAAGAAGAUACAUCAAAGGGCCUUCACUUCCCACAAGAUGAACAUUCACACUACCAAACGAUGCUGGAUGCUACAAGGCAAGACGUUCCAGUGUUGGAUACACCAGUUCCAGAUGUACAAGUUUCGGUUCCAGAACUACGGCGAUCAAAGAGAGACAUUAGACCACCAGCAAAAUUAACUGAUUAUGUUCUUCAAUAAAGUAGGGGAGACUAUUGUAAAGUAUCUACGCCACUGUGUGCGCAGCUAUUGCGCAUGCUUGUAAAACAGUCAGGAUGGUGUGUGGCUGGUGGUAUAGAGUUGAGUAUGAUUUUAUUCGAUAUAUUAUAUUAAUACAUUUUGUGUAAAUAAAGUAUUGUGUUGUGUAUCAA